GUCCGUUCCUGUUUUCGGUUGCUUUUGAUCACUGUUGCUUUGUGCUUAUGAUUAUGGAUUCUGUAUUGAUCAACAAAAUCGUCUAAAGAAAUCAACUCACAUGAGAGAGACUGUAUAAGCCUGUCCCUGUUGCCAGAUCUUGCGGAGGCGUGUGUGCCGGUUAAUGCAUAGAGUAAAAAGGGUGAAACUCGAAGACAAAACCGAAGGAACUUGGAAAAGUUUAGCAGCCGUCAAGAUGACCACAGUAGACGACCUUUCGGACAGCACGGAGGUGGUGGAGAUGGACGACGUUCCCUCGCAGUUCUUCGUGGAGAAGCACUCGUGGGACGGCCUGCGCGAGAUCAUUCACGGAAGUCGGAAGUACUGCGGCAUGAUCAUCAACAAGGCGCCUCACGACUUUCAGUUCGUGCAGAAGAACGACGAGUUGGGCCCUCAUUCUCAUCGCCUCUACUAUCUCGGUAUGCCAUAUGGGAGCAGAGAAAACUCGCUACUGUACUCCGAAAUUCCAAAGAAGAUCAGGAAAGAAGCUCUUUUGGUUUUAUCAUGGAAACAGAUGUUAGAUCAUUUUCAGGCAACCCCUCAGCAUGGCAUGUACUCCCGGGAGGAGGAACUCCUCCGCGAGAGGAAGCGACUCGGCGUGUUCGGCAUCACGUCCUAUGACUAUCAUGCGCAAAGCGGCCUUUUCCUCUUCCAAGCCAGCAACAGCCUUUUCUAUUGUCACGAUGGCGGGCAUAACGGCUUUAUUCAGACAGCACCCAUGAAACCUGUAGAGAUUAAGACUCAGUGCUCAGGGAUUCGCAUGGACCCCAAGAUCUGCUCCGGUGAUUCCAACUUCAUUGCAUUCGUCAACAACAAUGACCUGUGGGUGACUAAUAUCGAAAGCGGGGAGGAGCGACGGCUGACAUUCUGCCAUAAAGGCUUGAAUAAUGUAAAGGAUGACCCAAAGUCGGCUGGCGUGGCAACCUUUGUGAUCCAGGAGGAGUUUGAUCGUUUUACCGGCUACUGGUGGUGUCCAACAGUUUCUGAAGAUGCAGCUGGGUGCAAAACCCUGCAGCUGCUUUAUGAAGAGGUGGAUGAGUCGGAAGUAGAGAUCAUUCACGUCCCAUCUCCAGCACUGGAGGAACGUAAAGCAGAUGUGUACAGAUAUCCUCGCACCGGUAGUAAAAACCCUCAGAUAAGUCUAAAACUGGUAGAAAUCCGAACUGACGAGAAUAGUAAAAUUGUGAGCACGCAAAUCAAGGAGCUUGUUUUACCUUUUAACACACUAUUUCCUGCAGCUGAGUACAUCGCACGGGCCGGCUGGACAAAAGACGGCAAAUAUGCAUGGGCAGUAUUGCUGGACCGCAGUCAACAGAAGCUGCAGCUGGUUUUGCUGCCACCAUCCCUGUUCCUGAGCGUAAGCAUGGAGGAGUCCGAGUGGGAAGAGCAUGUCGCAGCCAUGCCCGAGGGUGUACAACCCUUUAUUAUUUACGAGGAGGCGACGGAUAUCUGGAUCAACGUCCACGAUAUAUUCUACCCCUUCAUUCAAACCAGCGAGGACGAGAUCACGUUCCUGUGGGUGAACGAGUCAAAAACAGGCUUCUGCCAUCUGUACAAAAUCACGAGCCUGAUCCAGCCGGGAUGCCAGCGGUGGACUAGAGACUACUUUCACUGUGAGGAUGAUUUUAAAUGUCAAAUAAAGGAAGAGCUGACCUUAACCAGUGGAGAAUGGGAGGUUCUAGCCAGACAUGGGUCAAAGAUUUGGGUAAACGAAGAGACGAAGCUAGUGUACUUCCAAGGCACCAAGGAUACACCCCUGGAGCAUCACUUAUACGUAGUCAGCUAUGACUGUCCGGGAGACGUCGUCCGUCUGACUAAGCCGGGCUUCUCCCACAGCUGCUCUGUUAGCCAGAACUUUGACAUGUUCAUCAGUCACUAUAGCAACGUGAGCACCCCACCCUGUGUUCAUGUCUAUAAGUUGGUUGGUUCUGACAGCGACCCUUUACACAAAGAACCAGAGUUCUGGGCCAGUAUGAUGGAGGCAGCAGGUUGCCCAGCAGAUUAUGUUCCUCCUGAAAUAUUUAGCUUCCCUGCAAAGUCUGGCUUUGAUCUUUAUGGAAUGUUGUACAAACCACACAACCUAAAGCCCGGCAAAAAACACCCUGCAAUCCUGUUCGUGUACGGGGGUCCUCAGGUGCAGUUGGUAAACAACUCCUACAAGGGUGUAAAGUACUUGCGGCUGAACACUUUAGCAUCUCUAGGUUAUACAGUGGUGGUUAUUGACGGAAGGGGUUCGUGCCAAAGAGGGCUGAAGUUCGAGGGGGCUUUAAAAAACAGAAUGGGUCAGGUGGAGAUCGACGACCAGGUGGAGGGUUUGCAGUAUGUAGCUGAGAAAUACAAGUUCAUAGACUUAAGUCGUGUGGCCAUUCAUGGCUGGUCUUAUGGAGGAUUCCUCUCUCUCAUGGGCCUUAUUCGACAGCCAAAUGUGUUUAAGGUGGCCAUAGCUGGAGCUCCUGUAACAGUGUGGAUGGCGUACGACACCGGCUACACUGAGCGCUACAUGGACGUGCCUGAAAACAAUCAGCAGGGGUACGAAGCAGGCUCUGUGGCUCUGCACGUGGACAAACUUCCAAAUGAGCCAAACCGAUUAUUAAUUUUGCAUGGGUUCCUCGAUGAGAAUGUGCACUUUUUCCACACCAAUUUCCUGGUGUCUCAGCUUAUCCGUGCUGGCAAGCCAUAUCAGUUACAGAUCUAUCCCAACGAGAGGCACAGCAUCCGCUGCCCCGAAUCGGGCGAGCACUACGAGAUCAUGCUGCUCCACUUCCUCCAGCAGCACCUCUGAUGAGAGCCGAUGAGCCCGGAACCCCCACCCCACCGUCCGAAGCCACUAGCGACUCCUCUCGCCCAAUCGCGACGCUUCUAACAGCCAUGAAAUUAGAGCCGAGGGCGGCUUUCUUCUCCUUAGCCUUUAGCACGCUUAUCCUCCUCCGGAAGCUCCUUGCAGGAACAGAUUUAUCCCAGACCUCCAGCAUGACAGCAGUUUUAACAGAUUUCGCACGCGCCCGGGAGUUAGAGGCGAUGGGGGUAAAGUCUGUAAACGAAAGGAUCCACGUAGCUCAUCGACCUUAAAGCAAUUUUUUUAUCGUUUUGAAACUGCGCACAUCUCGAUUGAUCAUUUUUCCUUUCCUCUCCCGGUCGGCUUUAAGAAUUAAGUUGCCAAAAUUUGCCUUUAUUUUUUUUUCUAGUGGCUUAACAGACUCCUUGUUGACUUUUCCCCUCCUUACAUACAGAAAACCAACAAAAAACAACUCUCUAUCUUCUGAUUAACAAAACGUUUUAACCUCAGCCGAGCUCUUCUGUUGUGUAAAUGCAGUGGUGGUUAAGUGCCACCUGGAUUACGACGUCACCUUGCUAGCCGCAGACAGCGGCCCUCGCGUGGACACCUCACACUACUACCUGCGAUUCGUAUUUUAAGUGUGUAAUAUUAAAGGAACAUAUUUUUUAUGAA